AUGCCAUUUGAUGAUACGCGCCUCUGGUUGGUCACAUGAUCGCUCCCACGUGACUGCGCUGCUCUUUCGCUGAUGAAUAAAGGAAGAGACUGUAAACUUGCAGAUAGCGUUAAUCUAGAACAGCACGUGUUUUUUCCCCCCAUAUCAUUGACGUUUGAGUGGAGUCAUCAUGAGUGAUGGCGAGCAGUUUGAGCUGCCCAUGAGCCAGGGCAAGUUUGAGCAGAUUUGGAUGGAGUUAGGAGUUGGUGAGCUGAUCAAGGAGCUGCCUCGUACAAACAGUGAUGCUUGGCUUACUGCUGCAUUGCCCGAUGGACCUUUCACCGAUGGCUUUGACUUGGAUCUCCCGGGGACCACUGACACUGCUGUUACUGCACCUGAUGUGGCGCCAGUUGUGGACAACCUUCCACCUCCUGCAACUGUAGUGCCCUCCAUCUCUGACUAUCCUGGGGAAUAUGAUUUCCAGUUACGCUUUAAUCAGUCCAGCACUACAAAGUCAGCUGUCCCACAGUAUUCUCAGAUACUGAAUAAGCUGUACUGUCAGCUUGCAAAAACAUGUCCUGUGGAUGUACUUGUGGGCAGAGAACCGCCUCAGGGUGCCAUGCUGCGAGCCACAGCAAUUUAUAAGAAAUCGGAGCAUGUUUCUGAGGUGGUAAUCCGCUGUCCACACCACCAGAGUGUCGCUGAGAACAACGAAGGUGUUUCUCACCGUAGUCAUCUCAUCCGUGUGGAGGGCAGUCAAAAAAUCCAGUACCACGAGGAUCCAAACACCAAGAGGCAUAGUGUGACGCUGCCUUACGUGUCCCCACAGCUGGGUUCAGUGGCAACCACCAUACUACUGAACUUCAUGUGCAAUAGCAGCUGUAUGGGUGGGAUGAAUAGGAGGCCAAUUCUCACCAUACUAACCCUGGAGACAUUCGACGGACAGGUUCUUGGUCGCCAAUGUUUUGAAGUUCGAGUGUGUGCAUGUCCAGGGCGUGACCGCAAAACGGAGGAAGACAACCUGAAAAAGACUAAAGGGGAGGUGGUUACUGGGUCAAAGAGAAAGCGUCAGACGUCUGAUCAGUUAAAAGAGCCAGUCCCUGCAGCUGAUCUUGAUUUUAGCAAGAGGAUUAAGAAUGACGAUGAGGAGAUCUACACUCUGCACGUGCAUGGGCGAAAGCGUUUCGAAAUGUUGAAGACUAUAAAUGCUAGUUUGGAGCUUAUGCACAUGGUGCCAGUUGCUGACCAAGAAAAGUACAGGCAAAAACGAUAUGCCUCAAAACAUGAUCAAUCCAGUCUGCAGCCGAAGAGUGGCAAAAAAAUCUUAAAAGAUUCAGAAUAAGUGACUUUAAAAUGUUGUUACAUUUUUCUAUGCACAAAUCAGUGUUCUGAAGGUGGUUGUGUACUGUGUAACCUGUUUUUUUUUUGUUUUUUGUUGCUUUUUUUUUAAUUUAGGUGCCAAAAUUUCAAACAUUCUGAAUUUUGUCGUUUAUUUACAUGUCCAAUAUUUUUUGAAUUUUUUGAAUAUUGUUAUUCAGGUAAAAUAUUAUCUAAAUUAAUUUCUCUUCAUCUGUUGAUACACACCCUUACUGCCUUAUUCACACAUGCAAAGCUUUACUACUAAUAUUUACUUCAGUAAUUUUUUGUAAAACCAGCAAGGUUAUGUUUGUAUAAAUAAAAGUUUAAAGUUG